GGGUUUUCUAGCCAGAGGUGCACUGAUUUCUGCACACACAGAAUACAAAAGAGAAAAUGACCUUCAUAUAUUUCAAGCUUUGACAUCGACUAACAACGAUCACAGCACUGCAGGGGAUGUUUUUGCACUGAGCUGAUAGGCACUUUCAUUCAUUGUGAAGUCAGUUCUGCUACAUGUAUGUUCCCAUGUGUGAAAAAAUGGCAUUGCAUGCUAAAGUCUGGAAUCGGCACAUGGAAGAAAUUACCAUUCUCCACUGAUAUGUGGCCGAAAAUGAAACCUGUAUUAUAUGGCAGACUGGUUCCUGUGAUGAUUCGUCAUAAAGCUACUCAUAUUUUGUAUUACUGUGAAUACAGUUUGCGCAUGGCUGUUCUACAAAGCAUCAAACAUUCACACAUCAUUUGAUUGUCUGAAAGAAUUUUUCCUUACAUCAUCUUUGGAGACAUAAACAAUCUUGCUAAAAUCUUACAAGUUGAUAAUGUGUUUCCUAAAAGCUGAAAGAAGAAAAAAGGCAUUUGAUUAGCCAAAAAACAUCAUUUUUAAUGUAAGCCUAGAAACAUUUGCAGUUUUAUCAGGGCCCAAAGCAAAGAAUCGGUACCAUGUCUUUCAGUGCUACUAUACUCUUUACACCCCCUGGUGGUGAAGCAAAGUGUUGCACCUGUAGCUGUCAGAACCAGCCAAAUGUCAAUUUGAACAUGUCAGGUACUACACCCAUUUCAGUGUGUGGACAUGGACUGGCUGUCCAGAGUACUGACCAGCUACUUCAUCUCAUUUAUCAGAGAGUGGAGAAAGCCAUCACUGUGGCAGAAUCUGCAUUAGCCGUUGCUAAAAGCAAUAGUGAAAUUCUCAACAAGCUGCAGGAAGAUAUAGGAAACCUGAAAAAGAGCAAAAUUCAGGAAGAAAAAGAACUGUGUCCUAAGGGGGAUCCAGAAACCCAGAACCCUGGAAAAAUAGCAGUUGACUUUUGUCAGCCAGUGGCAGACUUGCCUGGGAAUAUUGGAAAUGCACAAGCCGUGAUAGAAGAACUGAGACAACUCGGUGCAGCUACCUCAAUGUCAGCUAGUCAUAUGCAUUAUCCUGUAGAAAGAUCAAUUCAGAGGGAUGCCAGGAUACCUGCCUGCCAUAUUCAGCCUGAUGUCAUGCCUGUGCACAACACUGUAUUGGAAGACUACAGUGAAAAUGACUCACCUGUUUCUCAGGUUAUGAGCCUGCCAUUUAUUAAGCAGGUACCUGCAACACCACCAAUAUUAGCUAACCAGGUGGAAGAACUUGACCUAGACAUGGAGGAAGAGGAAAAGGAAGAAGAAUCCAUGAGUCCAAACCCAGCUGUGGACAGCAUCGACUCAACUCCCAGCAGUAUUUCGUCAAGAUCACUUGUACCAUUAACACUAACUAGGCCAAGAGGACUGAAGAACUCACGGCGUAAGCGGGAUCUGUUUCUCUCUAAACUUGUUCACAGCAUUCACAACCACGUAUCAAAUAACAAACGCUUCAAUGGAUCAGAAAGCAUUAAAUCAUCAUGGAAUAUCACAGUCGUAAAGUUUCUUGUGGAAAAGCUGAAGCUGGAAUUGGCAAAGAGCUCCCACCACUACACAGACAAGGAACUGAAAGGGGCUUGUGUUGCCUACUUCCUUACAAAACGGAGAGAGUACCGUAAUGCAAUGAACCCAUUUAGAAGCUUGAAGGAGCGAGAGGAGAAGAAGCUGCGGAGUAGAAGAUACAGGCUUUUUGCCAACAGAUCUGCCAUUGUGAGGCUUUUUCCUCCAGAAAAGCAGCGCCUCUGGGAAGGUGUUACAGAAGAACUGAUGUCAGAUGAAGAGGACAGCCUGCAUGAACCAGGUGUUUGGGUUGCCAGGAGCCCCCGCUUCCGGGGCAAAGAACUCUCAGAACUUUGCUAUUACAUUGAUGCCAACUCAAAGCAUGGCACCAAAACUAAUCGGAUGUAUGGCCCUCCAUCAGAUCGGUUGCCAUCUGCAGAUGUUCAGGUCCUACCCCCUCACCUGUACAAUCAGGACUUCCCAUUAGAACUAGUGGCUCAAGCACAGGACUUUUCACUUGUCUCUGGACAGCAGAAAGCAUUUUGUCCAGAUCUGAACUCGUACAUCAAAGUAAAAGUUGAAAAGGAUGACUGAACUCAGAGCUUUACAAUGUGUCAAAUAAGCUUGUGAUGUCUGACAUGCUGUGUCACUAACUAGUGUAACUACUGAGAUAAAUAACCCUUAUGGGUGAAGCAACACAUUUUAUUCUGUACCAACUGCCCCACUCCAGUGCAACCAUGGUAUUCCUGAGCCAACAGAGACAACUUCAAUUGUAGGAAUGUUGUGGGUGCUGCAAUGUAAAGAGAUGACAUCCACUGACUCAAUACUUCAAUAUUAAAGGGUUACCUACUGAGCGUGCUUGACAUUAGCCAGUCUUAACUUGUAGAAGGUUGCAAAGUAACUACUGGCAAGUGUAUGAUUUUCCCCUGCUCUUUCAGACUUUACUGCUUCACUACUGACAUUACACCAGGAAGACUAGUUUAUAAGAAAUAGGAUUAUGCCUGCACCGUUACUGUUCUGGUACCAUUCAAGUCAGUGGUGUGACCCAGUAAUAACAUGUCCUAAUCCACUGAGCGAAAGGAUAGGAGGAUUAGCCUGAGCAUUUAUGGGACUGGUGUUCGGUAUCCAUCCAUCCACAACCCCUUUUUCCAAUUUUUGCACAUGGGGUAAGGGUGUCACUUCAACAGUGACAAUCAUCUUGAGCCAAUGGUGUUUGGUAUAAUGACUGAAUAUUCUUAUUUCUAAAGAAGAUAAUUUUUUCUGAUUUUUUUCAGAGUACACUGUUAAUAUCGCAAAGAGGAAUCUAAUAGUUAUGCUUACUUGUGUCUUUCUGAGGGAGGAGACAGAUAGGUGAUUAUAAGAUUUGAACUUAAUUACUUGCAUUUAUUUUAUUUCACACAAAUUUGUCUGGAAGGUAGAAGGAUGCCUAGGAUUAUGCAGCCUUUUUUUUUAAAAAAGGCUUCUUGCUUAGCCACUUUUGUUUAAACUACUUUUCUUGUCCUGGUAUUAUUUUAAUUCUCAGUACCAAAAAAAAAAGUAUUAUCUGACUUAAAUUAUUCCGUAAACAUCACCUGCAGUUUCAGUCUCAGCUGAUGUCAUUGAAAACAGUAUUUAUGAGUAACAAAAUCAGAAAUCUGUCUGCACACAAAAAAUGAUAUAGAACUGCGCUGUGCUGUGCUCUGGAACAUAAUUCUAAACUUUGUUUUGGGAUUUGGACUGCAUUAUGAUCUGACCUGGUGAGAACAUCCAUUUUAGAGAUGGCAUGGUAGUAUAACAGUACAUACCGGUAGAGUGUUACCUGGUAUAAAAGAGGUAGCCUGUGCCUUUUAGGGACAUAAAUAUUUUACAGUCUUCGAAGUUAGUAGAGUAGACGUCUGUUCACAUGGAGAAUGGAUGAAGAGAAGGAAUUUUAGAGGGAGAACAAAGUGGAAAGCCUGCUUUUUCCUAUGUCUGUGAUGAUUCCUGGUAUAUUCUCCACUAUGACUGUAAAGUCAUUUGAUAAAUUGUCUGCGGCGAGCAGAAUUUAGGACAGAAAAUGGCGAGGAUAACAAGUUUUUGCAUAUUUGAACUGUCCGCGAGAUACACGACUGCAAAAAAAAAGAAACAAAUGAAAAAUUCUGAGUUACAAAAAUGUCAGCCUUAAAAAGCAAACCUGAUUAUUAGAGGGUAUAAUGGAUGUUAAAAAUACUCAGAAUAAGCUUUCAGUGACUCACGUUUUUCUGUAAUAAAAGAAUAUACAAGUCACUGUCUAAAAUGUUGUUUACUAAAAUUACUCCCACAUCAACACCCAAACACAUAGAAACUUUUUUAUUUUUUUAAUGAAAAUAGAUAUGCAGGAUGAAACAGAAAGUGAGCCCUUUUCUACUUUUAACCUUAAAUAACCCAUGUUAAAGUUUUAUACUUCUUUUAGCAAAAUUUGUUUUUCUUACAAGCUGUAUUGAAGAUAAUAUUAAAACAUUAAUUUGAGACAAAAGUACAUUCACAACCUAACAGCUGUGUGCAUUUGGGAAGAAUGUUGUCUUUCCUGGGGGAGUCAAAAAGUGUGUCAUUUACUUUUAUUAAAUAUUUAUUUUUAUCACUA